AUGAAUUACCGAUCUUUGAUUUCCUACACUGCCCUGGCGGUGUUCAUCACAUCCGUUUUGGUAUGGCUUCGCAGUUACCACUCGUUGCCCGCAAUAUCAAUAUCAAAGCCCGUACACUCACCAAUGUAUUGGUUUGCCUUUCUAGCCAUCGCCGGUGCAACAAUUGAUGAUUCUUUAGCUACCUGGGGAUUCGGUGAUAUGACUUCCCAGAUAGACGCAUUUCACUUAUUUUAUGCUUCGAGGCCAGAAUCUGCGCCUUGGACGGCGGAUAGUACAAUUGCUUCGUUCUGGAUUGGGAUUAACGAUGUAUAUUACGGCUUCGCGCAUGAAGACGAGCCUUAUGAUUUCGUAUCCACGCUUAUGAAUAGAUAUCGACCACUCAUCGAACAAAUCUAUUCUAACGAAAUUCGAAAGUUCCUCUUUCUGAACUGUCCACCGUCAACCCACAGUCCGCAGGUGCAUGAAGAAAACGAUUUGCCAGAACAGUUCCAGCGUCAUGCCGAGAUGAUGACAGCGUAUAAUAAGGCUCUGAAUAGCAUGUUGUUUCAAUUCAGAGGUGAACAUAAAGAUGCAACUGUCGUGUUUUACGACUCGUUCCAGUAUAUGGCUCGCAUUCUUGACAAUCCUGCUCAAUAUGGUUACCAAGAUGCCACAUGCAUGAAUACCGAUGGGUCGAAUUGUGUCUGGUGGAAUAACUUGCAUUCUGGUUGGAAAUAUCACCAGUAUCAAGCUGAGGAUAUGUUGCCCAUUCUUGCGCCUCUCGGAUGGUGA